AUGCCAUCAGUGGUUGCCACCACUACGAUCAGUCCUCAACGGACUGGUGCAGCAUUGGUUUUGAACUGGACAUAUGCUGACGGUACAACAACUAUUGCAAUAGCUACCAACUAUCUUGGAACAUCUCAAUGGCUUGGUAUCGGCUUGUCGCUUGAUGACAGAAUGGGUAAUGAUCAUGUAUUUGUGUGUCAACGCUUGAGUGACGAUACAAUUCAACUUCAACGUUUUAUCAAUCCUAACGGUCACUCGUAUCCAACUUUAAUGACUGCUGAUUCAAAUCUUGGUGGUAUAUUUCAAAUAAAGAGAAUAGCUCUCAACAAUGGCGUGGCCUAUUGUGAAUUUACUCUUUCAAAUUUUAUCAAUACAGUAGAUCGACGAAAAAAACGAAGCGUUUCUUUGCUUUCACAAAGUACACAAUAUAUUGUUCUUGUGGCCAUUGGAUCCCUCGAUAGUUCAAAUUCAUUAGUGCAACAUUUCUUGACACAUGUUUUAAGUCAAACCAUUCAACUAAAUCAACCUGGAAUAAUAACGAUCAACAAUUUUGAAGGAUCAGUAGUUUUAAUACGAGCUCAUGGUAUUAUUAUGCUAUUUAUUUGGAUGUUAUGUGUUUCAACUAGUAUUAUUCUUGCUCGAUAUUUUAAAAAAUCUUGGCCAACACGAAAAAUUUGUGAUAAACCAAUAUGGUUUGCUAUUCAUCGAUUAGUUAUGACUUUUGCUGCAAUAAUGACGAUUAAACCGAAGAAUUCUUCAAAUAAAAUUAUGGAUGACAAUCGAAAUAAAAUUUUAGAAAUCUUAAAAUCAAAACUACUUAUUCAACAAGAGAAUACUAAACAAAUACAAUUACAAGAAGAAACAAAACAAAAAAAGUUCGAAGAAGAAACAAAACAAAAACAUACCGAAGAAAUAGAAGCAACAAAACGAAAGUUCGCAGAAGAAGCAACUAAACGAAAAGAACUAAAUCUUUUCCUGUUACGUGAACAAGAAUCAAGAAAAGUGAGCUCCAAACUGCGUAACUUUAUAUUAUUUACAAAUGAAUUGAAACCUAUAAAAGUCUUACCAUUAAUUCAAUCGAUACAACUUAUUGAUAUUAUUCAAUAUUUAUAUGAUUGUCAUGUUAUUCAUCGUGAUUUAGUUAUAGAAAAUUUAAUGUUUGAUAGUCAUAUUCAACAAUUAAAAUUAAUUGAUUUUGGUUUCGCCACAACAUACAACAUUAAUGAAAUGACAAAAGAAUUAUCAAUAGAAGGUAGAAUAACAUUUGCUGGACUUCAAUUUUUAAAUUUCAUUAUUGAUUUAUCAUCAUUGAAUUCAUUAUAUUCUUCAGUUUAUGAUUAUGAAAGAACUUUUGAUUUGAAAUGUGCAUUAAAUAUUAUAAUAUUAAAACAAAAAUUCCAAUAUAUGCUUAUCGCUAACAAUCAAAAUCAAACUUUUGAAAUCUUAAAAUUACAAUUAUUUAUUGAACUAGAAAAAACGAAACAAAUACAAACAGAAGAAGAAACAAAACGAAAACAACUAGAAAGUUUACUAAUAGAUCAAGAAGAAUCAAGAAAACGAUUAAAUAUAGAAGCUGAGCAAUGA